UCUCCUAACAUCUAGUACUAUAAAACAGAGCCUUCAAGAAAUAUUGGAUCCUAAAUUAUAUAUUUUCCUUGAUCUCCAUGUCUAAUACAUCAAAACACUUGAUGUCAACACUUGUCAUUGUGUGGCUGCUCACAAUAAUCUCUCGAGAUUCUGCAGUAGCUCAAGUGGGAGUCUGCUACGGACAGAAUGGAAACAAUUUGCCUCCUCCAUCAAAAGUGGUAUCUCUAUACAAGGAAAACAACAUCAAACGCAUGCGGCUCUACGCCCCCGACCCGCCCACUCUGGACGCCCUCUGCGGCUCCGGCAUCGAGCUCAUGCUGGGCGUGCCCAACCAGGAUCUCCCCCACCUCGCAAGCCGCCCAAGCAACGCCAAAGCUUGGGUCCAGGGCAACAUAACGCGCUACCCCAACGUCCAAUUCCGAUACAUCACAGCCGGGAACGAGAUCGAGCCCAACUCCACGUUAGCGCAAUACGUCUACGGCGCGAUGCGGAAUCUCCAAGCCGCCGUCUGCGAAGCCGGCCUCGGAGACCGGAUAAGCAUCUCCACGUCAAUCAACUUCAAUCUCAUCGAAAACUCGUACCCGCCAGAAAACGGCACGUUCAAGGCAGCCGAGGUGCGGUACAUAAAGCCGAUCCUGGAAUUCCUGGCGGAGACGCGGUCGCCGCUGCUCGCCAGCGUGUAUCCUUACUUCGCCUACAGGGGCGACCCGGUGCAUGUACCCCUGCAGUACGCGCUCCUGCAGCCCAACAGCGGAAUUUGCAUCGGCGAUGUUUACUACGAUAAUCUCUUCUAUGCGCAGGUGGACGCCGUGUACGCGGCCAUCGACAAGCUCAUGAAGAAUGAUAUAGGUGCUUCCCUGCAUCAAAAGCUCAGAGGCAUUCCGUCAAAGGAGGCGGAGCGGAACGUGCGCGUGGCGGUGUCGGAGACUGGCUUUUCGUCAAAGGAGGGAGGCAAGAAAAUGAGCGUCGGCGACGACGGGAGUGGUCCGAGCACCGUGGAGAAUGCGAGAAUCUACAACAACAAUUUGAUGCGAAUUGUGAAGAAGGGAACGCCGAUGCGGCCGGGGCAGCCGAUAGAGACCUACAUAUUUGCUAUGUUUGAUGAGAAUGAGAAGCCGGGCGACGAGAGCGAGAAGCAUUUCGGAAUUUUUCUGCCCAGCGGGAAACCUAAAUACAAACUCUGUUUUUACUAGCUAUGGUGGUUUUGAAUUUUGGGUGAUUGUAAAUCAUGUGUGGUUUGGAAUAAGGAGUGUUGGCUCAAUGGUCGCCCUUUAAUUGUUUGAUCAAAGUUCUUGUCGGAAAUUAAUGCAGUUCGUACUAAAUUUACUUGUUUGUGAGAAAA